AAGCUAGCUUGGUGGUUAGAAGAAAGCUAGCUCGCUGCUCGGGGGGGUUGACUCGCUUGUGCGCAAAAAAAGGACGACCUAAAGUCACACGUUUGACCGAUUUUACCGAAAGCAAGACAUUUUACUCUUAACGGUCGCGUACAAACCGCGGCGGUCGACACCAGCCCGAACUGAUCGCAGCCCGCCGCGUCAAAUACCAGACAGACAACGGCAGCCCCGCACACAGACGCUAUGGACCGUUCCCCCACCACCGCCGCCCUGAUGGCCAGCAACAUCACCAACAAGAACGACCCGCGCUCCCUCAACUCGCGGGUCUUCAUCGGCAACCUCAACACCCUGCUGGUCACCAAGGCCGACGUCGAGGCCAUCUUCUCCAAAUACGGCAAGAUCGUGGGCUGCUCCGUCCACAAGGGCUUCGCCUUCGUCCAGUUCGCCAACGAGCGGAACGCCCGGACCGCCGUCAGCGGGGAGGACGGGAGGAUGAUCGUCGGCCAAGUACUGGACAUCAACCUGGCCGGCGAACCCAAACCACACAGGUCAAAAACCUCCAAACGCUCCGCUGGAGACAUGUACAGCAGCAGUUCCUCAUUUGAACUCGACUAUGACUUCCAGAGAGAUUAUUACGACAGAAUGUACUCGUACCCGUCCCGGGUCCCCGCCCCCCCACCUCCUCCCCCCCUGUCGAGGGCCGUGAUCCCGUCCAAGCGCCCGCGGGUCAGCCUCAGCGGAGGGAGCAGCCGGCGAACAAAGAGCAGCUUCUCCUCGUCCUCCAAGAGCGGCCAGAGGACGUCCUCGUCCAAAACAAAGGGGCUUUUCUCCUCUUCGGUGAAAGUGGACGAGCUGCAGACCAUCAAGCGGGAGUUGACCCAAAUCAAAAGCAAAGUGGACGACCUGCUGGACAGCCUGGAGCGCAUGGAGAAGGACCACAGCAAGAAGUCGGGUAGGGGGCUCAAACACACUAAAGGCAUAAAAACUGAGCCGGGCGAAGUGACGUCGCCGCCGCACACGAGCAGCAAGAAGGACGACGCGUUGAAGAGGGACAGGGAGUGCCAGGAGCUGAACGACUCCGACGAGGACGAGGAAGACGAUGACGACGCCGACCUGCUGGAGGACGACGAGGUGAAGAGUCAAGAGAGGGAGGAUGAAGACGAUGAGGAGGAGGAAGGGGAGCACGUGGAAGGAGACGAUGACGACGAUAUCGAAAGUGUUAACGGCGAAGACGACUCAUAGACGCGGGACCCUGCCAACGCAUGACACACACACACACACACACACACACACACACACACACACCCCCGCUUCCAGUAGGAACUCUGACUCCUGUUUUAACACUUGUGUUGUAGAGCAAACACACUCGCAUGGUGCACACACACACUCUGUUGUCUGUUGAUUUGUUUUUGUCCAGUGUUGCUGUUGGUUUGUGUGUUUUUACCGCGUCGUCGCUCGCCCUCGAGGACGGAAACACGAGGCUGAAGGUUCUCAGAGAUGAAAGCAGCCACGAAAGGCCGGUUUUAGCUUCAGUGCGUUUUGGUUUUCCUCAUUGGUGAGUCUGUAUGUUAAGGUCUAGUUUUUUUUAUUCACAACUGUAAAGGAAUAAAUUGCAAUAAAAUAUUAAAAUGGAA